CCCCCAUUUUGCCAUUUUGGCGCUGCUGCCCCCUCGCCCAAGGAUCCCUUUUCUGUAUAUAUACUAUCAUUCGUCCACGUCUACCCUACUACUACUGUUCUAUUGCCCGCCCACCUUGCCACUAUCAACAGUCUCCUACUACUACUGCUUUAGCUUCUAUCGUCUUCAUCCUCGUAGCUAUGGCCAAAAUUAAGAUCGGGAUUAACGGCUUUGGAAGGAUCGGCCGUUUGGUCGCCAGAGUCGCUCUCCAGAGUGAUGACGUUGAACUCGUCGCUGUCAAUGAUCCAUUCAUCACCACUGAUUACAUGAUCUACAUGUUCAAAUACGAUACUGUUCACGGCCAAUACAAAAAGCAUGAGCUCAAGGUCCAGGAUUCUAAGACCAUUCUCUUUGGUGACAAGCCUGUCACUGUCUUUGGCAGCAGGAACCCAGAGGAGAUUCCAUGGGGUGAGGCUGGAGCUGACUUUGUUGUUGAAUCCACUGGAGUCUUUACUGACAAGGACAAAGCUGCUGCCCACUUGAAGGGAGGUGCCAAGAAAGUUAUCAUUUCUGCCCCAAGUAAGGACGCUCCAAUGUUUGUCAUAGGUGUGAACGAGAAAGAUUACAAGCCUGAUAUUGAUAUUGUCUCCAAUGCCAGUUGCACAACCAACUGUCUUGCUCCUUUGGCUAAAGUUCUUAAUGAUAGAUUUGGUAUUGUUGAGGGCCUUAUGACAACAGUGCACUCCAUAACUGCCACACAAAAGACUGUGGAUGGUCCAUCAAUGAAGGACUGGAGAGGUGGCAGGGCUGCAUCAUUCAACAUUAUUCCCAGCAGUACUGGUGCCGCCAAGGCUGUUGGAAAAGUUCUACCCGCUCUAAAUGGAAAGCUUACUGGGAUGUCUUUCCGUGUUCCAACUGUUGAUGUCUCUGUGGUUGAUCUUACUGCAAGGCUCGAGAAGGCUGCCACAUAUGAUGAAAUCAAAGCUGCCAUGAAGGAGGAGUCUGAGACUAAUUUGAAGGGAAUCCUGGGUUACACAGAGGAUGAUGUUGUGUCCAGUGACUUCGUUGGUGACAGCAGGUCAAGCAUUUUCGAUGCCAAGGCAGGUAUUGCUUUGAAUGGCAACUUUGUGAAGGUGGUCUCUUGGUAUGAUAACGAAUGGGGUUACAGCAACCGUGUUGUUGACUUGAUUCGACACAUGGCAAAAAGUCAAUAGGCUGUUCCGGCUUCUAUUUCUGAUGGAAGUGUUUCUCCAUCUUUAGUAUGGCGUCUUGUUUAGGGAGUAUAGACUCUUACCAAUUUUGUCUGGUCCACACAGCGUCGGAUCUUCUGCUUUGCGGCGUUAAGAACUGCUUCUGCCAAUUUCACUGAUUAGACUCUUAUUUUGUUUUGCUUUUUGGUCAUGUCUUGGUGUUUUUUAUUUUGCUUCGCUUUGUUUAACCGUUCAAGUCAAUAUUCACACGGCAAUGCCGGUUUUGCACUCUCAAACCAGUUUUGUGUUUUGGUUUUGGUGCCAUCGAGUCUAGGCCCCUUAGGGUUCAAGAAAAUCAGCAUCCUCCGUUGGUGGUGGUUUCUGAUGUUGAGGAGUAGUGAAACUGAUCAUGUAAAUUGAUGUGCUGCGCGGUUUAUCGUUCCUCUUGAUUACUUAAAAUUGCUCAAUGCGAUGGGGUUUACCCGUA